AUGCCUACUGAUAACGUGGAUAUCAAUCCAUUCGUAAUGCGCCACACAGCUCCCAACUCGGAAACAUUCUUGGAGAACCUUCACCACCAGACGGAAUUGAGAGAUGCGAGGACUGGCCACAACUCUCGGAUGAGGCUGAAAAGAGAGUCAGAAGGCGACUUGUGUGUUCCCGACCCGGAGAAAGUGCGGUAUUGGGAUUCUUUUGACGAAGACCCUUCUGACGAAUGUUCUUCUGGUGGGGAUUCUUCCGACGAGGGUUCUGCGGAUUCUUCGGAUUCUUCGGAUUGGGAUUAUUCUGAGGGGAAUUCUUCUAAUGAAGACUUUUCUGACGAGGAUUCUUCUUCCGAGGCGGAUUUAUCCGAGACGGAUUGUGAUACCAACAUGUAA